CUUUAUUCUCCAACAAUUUAUGCUGUUGCUGCUAAUAACUGUGAAUGAACCACACUUCCAACCCUACCCUCGCGCCCCCCACCGGCCCUCCCAUUGCCUUUUUGUGGAGACAGACACUCUCUGGGCUUGCAAAACAGGAAAGAAAAAGAGGCACCAUUUACUUUUGAGUACGUGGGUAUCUCUGCGUGGGGUAGACAGGAGGAAAGAAGAAGGGAGAUGACAUGAGAUUUCCAGGAAUAACAAAGGGGCAGAGGAUGGCGAUGAAGUAACAGGAAUCAACAUGGAAACUCCUGUGGGAAUCUGCUGUGAGUCGACCACAAAAAGAGAGACAGAGACACACUCACACAGAGAAAGCAAGCCUGGCUCACACCAGCUCUGAACACACACAGAAACACAGCCGCACAGCGACCUGGCAUCACACAGAAAGCAUAAGGAGUAUUGUGAUUGACCGGCUGACUACUUAUCAUCUAUCUACAAAACUACCUUUCAGACUGAGGAGAGCUGGUGAAGUGAUCGUUGCGAGGAGACCACUAUGUGGAGCUGUUCCGACGCGGAGGAUCACAGCUCGGAGACUCAGCUGUGCCUCGACCUGCGGCUGGUGCUCUCCGUCCUCUCCAUCACCUACCUGGUCAUCUGCUUCCCCUUCAGCGUGUGUUACAACAGCCUGCUGGUGCUGGUCAACCUGUACAACAAGGCCUCCAUGACCAUGCCUGACGUGUACUUUGUGAACAUGGCGGUGGCCGGGCUGGUGCUCAGCGCCGUGGCCUUGGUGCAGCUCCUGGGGCCGGACAACCCUCAGUGGACCAUCUGGGACUUCAACCAGGAGGUGUACAUCACGUUGCUCAUCCUGUUCAACAUCUCCGCCCUGGUCAGUAUGUACUCCACCACCCUGCUCAGCCUGGACUACUACAUCGAGCAGGCCCUGCCCAGGACCUACAUGUCCAGCGUGUACAACACCAAGCACAUCUGCGGCUUCAUCUGGGGCGGUGCCGUGCUGACCAGCUUCUCCUCCCUGCUCCUGUACGUGUGCAGCCGGGUGCCCAAGGUGGUCGAGUGUUCCAGGAUCCAGAACAAGGAGGUGGCCGACGCCAUCAUGGUCUUCAUCGGUUUCCUGGUGCCGGCCUUGGCCGUUCUCUACGCCAUGGUGCUCAUCCUCCGCGUUCGCCGCCAGCCCACCCCGCUGGACCAGGACUCGGCCAGGCUGGACCCUUCGGCCUACCGGCUGUUGUUGGGGGCCGUGUGCGCCCAUUUCGCCCUCUGGACGCCAUACUACAUGAUGCUGCUGGUCCACGUGGCCUCCCAGUCGCUGUGGCCGGUCACGGCGGCCCAGUUCAGGGCCUACCACUUGGCCAAGGGCCUGGCUAAGCUGCUGGCCUACUCCUGCAGCUUUGUGGUGCCUCUGCUCUACACCUACACCCACAGGGACUUCACCGACAAGCUGCGGAGGUUGGUCAGGAGGCUGAGCUGCAGGACUAAAGGGUGCCCUGAGCAGCACUCGGGGUCUAGCAACCAUUUCUCCUUCGUGAGCUGAG